CGUGGGAUCUCCGAAAUAGACGCUAAUUUGUCCACGGAGUCCAAACCGACGAUCGAGACAAGUGAUCCCACACACCCCAAUGAAGGGAAUAAGGGGAGGGAUGAAAAACAGGACGACAGUUCCAAAUCACCACUUGCUGGAAAGACGGCGUUUGAGGUUCACAUCAUGGACCUGUCUUCUUCAACUACAAUAUCCAGUAUCCCACACCCUCACAGCACGGAUUCUAUGGCACCGGGUGGAUGUGAGCGACCUCGCUGAGGGCAAAGGUCAGAAGAAGCCUUCCACAGACGCAGCAGUUGGCCUAGGAUUCUCUACCGAAGCAGAGGAUUAUGCUGCUAAGCUCCUGAACCGCAAUCGGGAUUGGAAAGGUAUCGUAGGCAUAUCAAAAAGCAUGGUGGAGAUCCCAGCCCUGACGCCUCCCGACUCAAAGGCGAAUUUGCCAACGUGCGAAAAGUUUAACUGGAGGUCCGCAAGCUCAAGCAGGAUGGGGAGCCCAUGGACCUCGACGUUUCUUUGGAUGUGGGACGCUCUGUGGGAAGCCACCUGCCAGAGGGCAGUAGCGAGACGACAGGGACUACUUCCUCCGAAAACACGCUCAGCCAAACCCUCCGCAGCCAUGUCGAGGCCGCCGCCAGGAAGAGAGAGCCGGGAACAGGACCGUCCAGAAGAUAUCACCAAUGCGUCGCUCAUGUUCCUUCUCGUGAAACUCUGCUUAGACAUGAAAAGCCCGGAAGUCCAAUGGGACUUGCAGAAGCCUCGCCUGAUCUUUCAGCUGGCUCAUCAGGGUCAUUCAUUGACUCUAUUUGCAGAUGGUCAAUUGGUCGCGGUUGACAAUCAGGAGGAUAUCCACUGUCUCGUAGAGGUGAAACCCCACCUUAUCACGACGCCAUCGUCUGCAGCCAAAAUCCUUCGGCAGGAUGCGAGGGAGAAACGGUUGAAAAAUCGCUACAUCAUGCUCACUGAGUUCUCCAAUGAGAUCUAUCUGGUCGUUGCCCGUUACAAGCAAGCCUACCUUGAUUAUCUCGUCGACAACACAAUCAGCCAUGACAAGCUCGCUGAAGACCAGGACACCUUUCUGCACCUCUAUCUUGCCGGCCCGCUAGACAUUUACGACUCGGACAACGUGCAGAUCGUUGGAACCUUUGCGGUCACCCUGACCAAGCAGCAAUGCUUAGAUUUGCAAAAGAGGAGGAAGGAGAGGAAGAAGAAGAGUUAG